UUUACAAAUGUCAAAAUAGUUGCGCACGAAAAUAGCAAAGAAAAUAUUUUUUUCCGACGCUUACGAAAACAGUGAUUUCCAUUUUGUUAUAACAGAAAAUUGGAGUCCCGGGUCAAUGUCAUGAUGGCUACUACCACUUACGAACACGAUGCCGACGGAUGUAAAUUCAUACCGGCAACUCAGCGUCCGGAUGGUACAUGGCGUAAGCCACGACGGAUUAAGGAUGGAUAUGUCCCUCAAGAGGAGGUUCCUCUCUAUGAGAGUAAAGGAAAACAGUUUGCCGCUCGUCAGAACACUGGGCUUCCAGUAGGUCUUACACCGGAGAUCGUAGCUGAAUCUCAAAAGGGCAAAAAGAGUCAGAGUGGCCUUGUACAGCCUAUACCUGGUCUACUUGUCCAAGUUGAAAAGAAGAAGAAGAAAAAGAAGACAGCUGUUGAAGAAGCUGCUGAUAAGCUUGGCAAAUGUGAAAUAACUGAACCCACUUUCAGCAGCCCAUCAUCCUCAUCCCUGAGUAGCAGCUCUGGUACCACAGACCCUGCCAAACGGCUUAAAAACUUCCGGAAGAAGCUGCGUGAUAUAGAAUUCCUUGAAGAGAAAAUUAAAAACGGAACUCUCAAGAAUCCUGACAAGGAUCAAAAGGAGAAAAUGGCCAAGAAAAAUGACAUAAUCAAAGAAAUAGAAAUUUUAGAGAAACAAGUUAGCGAAUAAGUCUUGUGCACUCGUAAUUUUUAAUAAAGUAUGAGUUUUAAUGAAUGUGCUGUCAUAUGGUGAAAUACUGAAAUUAUGUUCUUCUUAUUAAUUAUAAAUUAUUUACAAA